CCAGACCGGCCUCUUCUCUCCUCCCCUCCCCUCCCCCCUGUGCCGCGCGAGGCCUGGGCCCGAGAUGGCGGCGGAGCGGGGCGGUGGCGGCCGUGGGGCUGGAGCGGGCGGCGAGGAGAACAAGGAGAGCAAGGAGAGCAAGGAGAAUGAGAGGCCGGUGGGGCUGCAGGCCGGCAGCCUCGGCGACAGCCUGGGCCUGGAGAUCCUUCAGAUUGUGAAGGAGUCUCAGCAGCAGCACGGUUUACGUCAUGGAGACUUCCAGAGGUACAGGGGUUAUUGCUCCCGUAGGCUGAGGCGGCUCCGAAAAACUCUGAACUUCAAGAUGGGAAACAGGCAUAAGUUCACUGGGAAGAAAGUAACUGAAGAGAUUCUCUCAGACAACAGGUAUUUACUGCUGAUUCUGAUGGAUGCAGAGAGAGCCUGGAGUUACGCCAUGCAGCUGAAGCAGGAAGCAAACACAGAGCCUCGCAAAAGAUUUCACUUGUUGUCUCGCUUGCGUAAAGCUGUGAAGCAUGCUGAAGAGCUGGAGCGUUUGUGUGAAAGUAACCGAGUGGAUGCCAAAACAAAGCUGGAAGCUCAGGCGUACAUGGCUUACCUGACAGGAAUGCUACGCUUCGAACACCAGGAGUGGAAAGCAGCAAUGGAGGCUUUCAACAAGUGCAAGACCAUCUAUGAAAAACUGGCCAAUGCUUUCACAGAAGAACAAGCCAUACUGUAUAACCAGCGCGUGGAAGAGAUCUCUCCCAACAUUCGCUACUGUGCCUAUAAUAUUGGUGACCAGUCUGCCAUGAAUGAGUUGAUGCAGAUGAGACUGAGGUCUGGUGGCACCGAAGGUCUUCUUGCAGAAAAACUGGAGGCACUGAUUACUCAAACUCGAGCAAAGCAGGCAGCUACAAUGAGUGAGGUGGAGUGGAGAGGAAGAACUGUUCCAGUGAAGAUAGACAAAGUGAGGAUCUUCUUGCUGGGGUUGGCCGACAACGAAGCAGCAAUUGCUCAGGCAGAAAAUGAGGAGACAAAGGAACGUUUGUUUGAAUCUUUACUCGGUGAGUGUAGAGAUGCCAUUCAGGCUGUUCGGGAAGAGCUGAAACCAGACCAGAAGCAGCGGGAGCACUCUCUGGAAAACGAUUCUGGGAAGGUGUCCAACAUCCAGUAUUUACACAGUUAUUUGACUUACAUCAAGCUGUCAACAGCCAUCAAGCGCAAUGAGAGCAUGGCAAAGUCUCUGCAGAAGGCAGUGCUGCAUCAGCAGAGGUCAGAAGAGGAUGGCAAGCGUACACCACGGCCUCAGGACCUGAUCCGUCUCUACGAUAUCAUUCUGCAGAACCUUGUGGAACUGACACAGCUUCCUGGCCUAGAAGAGGACAAGAACUUCCAAAAAGAGAUUGGAUUGAAGACGCUUGUGUACAAAGCUUACAGGUGUUUCUUCAUUGCACAGUCCUAUGUCCUGGUGAAGAAAUGGAGUGAAGCUCUUGUUUUAUAUGAAAGAGUGCUGAAAUAUGCCCGGGAAGUUCAGUCAGGAGCUGGAGCUUAUACUAACAGGUUGAAGGAGCUGCCUGAUGUUCAGGAUCUGAUCACUCAAGUGAAUGCAGAGAAAUACUCCCUGCAAGCAGCAGCUAUAUUAGAUGCAAAUGAUGCUCAUGAGACUGAGUCUCCAUCUCAGGUCAAGGAUGGCAAGCCACUCUCCGAACGGUUUGAGACUUUCUGUCUGGAUCCUUCUCUUGUCAGCAAGCAAGUCAGCCUUGUGCACUUCCCUCCAGGCUUCCAGCCCAUCCCAUGCAAACCUUUGUUCUUUGACCUGGCCCUUAAUCAUGUUGCUUUCCCACCUCUGGAGGACAAGGUGGAGCAGAAGGCCAAGAGUGGCCUCACGGGAUACAUAAAGGGCAUCUUUGGAUUCAAAAGUUAACCAGGACCCCCUGAGGAAGUUUUAUUUGGUAUUGAAGGAAAAGCUCCAUGUGGUUCUAGAACACAAGUAUCUGCACCCGAAACCAACAGAGGGAGGUUUUACCAUCUUCUUCCCUGUCUUCUGUGUCUUUGUCUGUGCACGUACAUUCUCUGCCAGUGUAUUAAAGACAAACAACCUAUUCUGAAACAUACAUACGCUAUAUAUAGCUGAAAUUAAUCUGGAGCACAGAGAAAUUCCAUUCUGCUUGGAGAAGUUGGAGCUUGCUUUGUGACCAGUGGCCUGUUUGUGGGUGGGACACAUCUGCUUGCCAUGGACCAGGGCAUAGGCAUAACGUGACUCCUUCUCCCAUCCCAUUAUUUGAUGCUACAAUUUGGUAUUUUGGUCUAGAAAUCUGGGUGUGGUGUGGAAGCAGAGGCAAAAGUGGAUGCAGAACUAAACAAGCAAGGUGAGGCUGCCUACAGGAAGACUAUGAAACCGUAGCUGCAGGGGUUCACUUCUCCUCUUUGGACUCACAGAGGCCUCUGUUUUUUAAAAACAUAACAUUCGGAAGUGACAAAAUGGAGCCUCUUUCCUUAUCAAUAAGCGUGGCAAAUACCAAACAUUAAUGGUUACCCCAGUUGUUCUGGAACAUAACCUGAAUUUGUACUCUGGGCCGAUGGAAUCCUUCUUUAUUGAUCUGUGUUUUGUUUAGUACCUGAAUACAGUAUAGAACCUAUUCCUAUAAGGCUUUUCCUGGGAAACUGGCUUCAUGGGUGGCUUUAGAAACACCUGCGUGGUCUUCAUGGGAAGUUGGGUCUCUCGGUGUUCAUUUUGUUGCUGAUCUAAACCUUACCUGAAAACAAGGUGAUCUUUUUCUGGAGCAAUCUGUUGCCUUUCUCUCAUCCUUGGUCAGUAGAUAUGCCUGAAAUGAGGAAUAAGCAGCAGGGAGGUAGUAGGUUCUUGAGCGAUCAAUUUCUGCCAUGCCAAACAGCUUUUUUUUUUUUUUUUUUUUUUAAUAAAGCGCCCAGGUGCUAUUGUGAUCAGCACUUUAAAAAUGCGGGUAAUUUCAUAAUAGUGAUCAUUUAAACGGCGGGCAAGGGGAGAAAAGCUCAGCACAUGAGCAGAACUGUUCUUAAAUAAAGCAUUUGGAAGUUUCCACCAGUAAUGUUUGGGUUUCACUUGGUCUGUAGCUGUGAGCUUAAACAGCAGUUUUUUCUGUCUGCCUUAACGCUUCUGCACCUCUUGGCUUGACUUUGCGUUGUUGAUCUCCAGUUCUAGGCACUGGAGUUAACAAAGGGGAGACAAGAACUGUUUUACAUGAUCACAUUGUUGUGAGAAUUUUUAAGGCAAGGUGUGCAUCAUAUGAAUGGGGGGAAUUAUCAACUCCAGUUAUUUUAAUAUGAAUGUUCGCUGUUUUAUUCCACAUUGAUCUGAUUUGUGAGUUCUCAAAGAUCAAAGCAGCUUUCAAGAGGAUUCUUCAGAAAGAGGUGAGACAAGGAGGAGGAACUUCUCGUUUGUGUUAAAUUUUUGUGACAUGGAAACAAAAUGUGAAUUUCUGGUGUUCUAACUUAAUUCUAUUUGCCCUUGGGUACCAGGAGGACUUUGCAAGAGAAAGGGAAGGUGUAGGGCUGAGAGAAAUGUGGCAGACUGUUUGUUUAUUCAUCUGAUCAGAAAAGAUCGUGCAGUAGGCAGUGCUGGCACCAGCUGGGUGAUUGGCGUCACGGUGCCUGUUUCUCUGAGCUGCUCUCUCCUUUUCAGCUUUUAUAUCAAAUCACUUCCAGAACUGCUCUGCUGUUUGGUUUGUAAACCAAACUCCUUUCUGCAUUCUUACCACAAAUCUUUGUGGCUUCCUGGGUUGAUUCCAGUGAAACUUGUACUGCUGCCACUUCCUAAUCAUUUACUGUUACAAAGAGCAAGAGCAGUUGGCCUGUAUGUUAAACAUCUUUUGACUGGUAACUGAUUAGUUGAACACAGAUAAGAAAUCUGAAAACAAUAAAGCUUUAUUCCUGACUUGUGAGGCAUGUAGUUUAUGCCAGGCAUUGAGAACACCAAGCACUCUGCCUCCAAAGCAUUCAGAGGAUCAAGGUCACACCAUCACCCAAGGCUACUUAACCCCUGGAGGAUAGCCAGGGAGAUCUGGAGGAGAAUCUUCUCCCGGAGGGCUUGGAUAAGGAAACGCAUGAGUCUCAGAGGUAACUUGGCUGAUAUGGUGUGAUGUUAAUGGAAAGCGAGUUAAGUGGGGUCUGUUAGCAAUGUAGAAGGCACUAAUGAGGCCCUAGGAAAAACUAAAAAUGUCAAAAAGGGUGGGGAAAAAAUACUGUUAAUCAAGUCACCUGUGUAGUGGAAACCAGACUCAAAGUUUAUUGAGGCUUUUAGCCCUGCAAUAUUACUUGGAAUGCAAAGGUGAGGCUCAGACAGCAGUGGUUGUGAGGGAGUAGCACAGGCAGGUGAAGUGUCUGGUGGACUUAGGAUUCCCCUGGGACUGCUCAGUGUUUGUUGUGCCUGAAACAGCUGGAGCAAGAUGCAGAGCACUGGUGCGUGGUGCCUGGAAACCUGCUUCCUUACUGCUCUGUUCUUUCAUUAGGCUGCACUGUUUGCUCUCUUUCCAUUAAUUAAUUGGCAAGUAGGCCACAUGGUUGCCUUCAAACAGGAAGCUCUGGCAGAAUGGUCAAGGUUAUUGCUUUCAAUCAACUUUUCCUACGGAUUAU